AUGCCGUCGGUGUCCAAACGAGUGGUCCUGCCCCCUGCGGCGUUCUUCGCCACAUUGCUUUCACUGCUUUCUGUUGAGCAGGCCUCGGAAGUCGCUGAGACCAGUCUCCUCCUGUCGUCCACGCCGCCCAGUACGCUGGCACGUGCUGGGCUGGCCAUUCUCAACUUGUCGAUACAGUCUUUCAAGACAGGCCUUGGGGGCCGGUCGGUGGUCGAACUUGGCCUCGACUCUGCCGUCGUGGCCAAGGAUUCCAAGGGCGAAUUACCUGAACAUGGUAUCCGCACCGGUGAUAUCGUCAGGCUAGGGGAGAUGCCCAAGGGCACUGCGAAGAAGAGGGAAGUCAAUGAGUUGAAAGGGAAGGGCGUCGAAGGCGUCGUCACCAGGGUCGGCGAAAGAGCCGUCUGGGUCGCCCUGGGCAAGGAUGGCGGUGACGACGUGGAAGCGGUACCUGAUGGGAAGCUGUGGUUGGUCAAGCUUGCAAAUGAUGUCACGUACAAAAGAAUGAACCAAGCUCUGACCAAGCUCCUCAAGACCCCUGAAGCAUCGUACACCGCCUUGCAGCGUGUUCUGCUAGGUCUGUCUUCACCAGGAUCUCCGAACCUUGAGACGGUGAAGGACGUCGUGUUCUGCGAUCCCACUUUGAAUGCUUCGCAACAAGAUGCAAUUCGGUUUGCACUCUCGUCACCGGAGAUUGCCCUGAUCCACGGACCACCUGGUACUGGGAAGACCUAUACAUUGAUUGAACUGAUCCUGCAACUCCUGAAGCAGAACCAACGUGUCCUGGUUUGCGGACCGAGCAAUAUCAGCGUGGACAACAUUGUCGAACGCUUGGCCUUGGCGUCCUCAAGCACACCCAUUGUGCGUCUUGGCCAUCCUGCCCGACUCUUGCCUAGUGUUCUGAAUCAUUCCCUCGAAAUCUUGACACGCACUAGUGAGGCCGCGGAGAUUGUAAGCGAUGUGCGAAAAGAACUGGACGAAAAGCAGGCCUCCAUACGCAAGGCCCGCAAUGGCCGUGAACGUCGCGCGAUUUACGCCGACCUCAAGGAACUGAGGAAGGAGUUUCGCGAGAGAGAGGGGAGAUGCAUUGACGGGCUCGUCAAAGGUAGCAAGGUUGUUCUGUCAACCCUCCAUGGAGCAGGCAGCCACCAAUUGCGCAAUGAGCAGUUCGAUGUACUGAUCAUUGACGAGGCCAGUCAGGCACUAGAGCCGCAAUGCUGGAUCCCGCUGAUUUUCGGUGGCAAUGUUCUGAAGAAGCUCGUGUUGGCGGGCGACCACCUGCAACUGCCGCCCACCGUGAAGAGUGCAGAUGAUAAGGAUCAUGCCACGGACAAGACAGCCAAGCUGAAGAGCUUGGAAGAGGAACUGACAAAGUUAUCCAUCAACGAGGAAGAAAUCACAGCGGCCAAGAACUGGUCUUUGGAGAUGACCAUGUUUGAUCGGCUUCUGGCCAUGCACGGCUCUAAGAUCAAGAGGCUGCUGAACACCCAGUAUCGAAUGCAUGAGAAGAUCAUGCGCUUCCCCAGCGACGAGCUGUAUGGCGGCGAGCUAGUUGCAGCAGACGCAGUCAAGACUCGACUUUUGAGAGACUUGCCUUAUGAGGUGCAGCCGACGGAAGACACCACAGAACCUCUAGUUUUCUUUGAUACCCAAGGCGGGGAUUUCCCUGAGAGGACUGAAGACGACACUGGACGGGUCAACAAAUCUGUCCUGCUGGGGGACAGUAAGAGCAAUGAGAUGGAAGCUGCUGUGGCCGCGAUGCACGUGAAGAACCUGAUAGAUGCUGGCGUCAGAGAGGAAGAUAUUGCAGUGGUGACACCCUAUAAUGCCCAGCUUGCCAUUCUCAGCUCCCUAUUGAGGACAAAGUAUCCAAAUGUCGAACUUGGUAGUGUGGAUGGCUUCCAGGGGCGCGAGAAGGAGGCCGUUGUUGUCAGUCUGGUCAGAAGCAAUGCUGCACACGAGGUGGGCUUCCUGGGUGAAAAGCGGAGAUUAAACGUGGCGAUGACACGACCUAAAAGACACCUAUGUGUGAUCGGAGAUUCGGAGACAGUUUCCAGAGGCAGCUCUUUUCUCAAGAGAUGGAUGAAAUUCCUCGAAGAGCACGCUGAUCUCAGAUACCCAAGCAUUCAGGACCUGGAAUCAGGGUAA